AUGGACACCGAUAGCGGUGGCACCGGCACUGCGCCGUCGCCGCACGGGCGGGUCUCCAGCAGCCGCGCGUCGUCCGCGCUCGCUGCCUUGAGCAUCCUCGUCAUCCUGCUCUACCUCCUCUGGCGCUUCAUCUGGCAGUGCAGGAAGCACGGAAGAACCAGAAGCAACUCCACCGGCGGCGCUACCGUUUCACCACCCACCUCGUCCGCUCGGCCGCCGUCUUGCCCGCCUGAUCGGGACGCGACGGCGGCCUACGGACCGCCUCGCACAACGACCACGACCACGACGUCGCCGCUAUCGGUGUUGGUGCGCGUGGCCCCCGCGGCACGCUUCGGCGCGGAGAAGGUCGACUGCGCGGUGUGCCUUGCGGAGCUCGGGGACGGCGACGACGCUGUUCGGCUCGUGCCGGGCUGCGGUCACGGGUUCCACGCGGAGUGCAUCGAGGCGUGGUUCCGACUGAACUCAACGUGCCCGCUCUGCCGCGCCGCGGUGGCCGCCGCCGGCGCAGGUCAAGGCCGCGGAGAGGUUCCACAGUACGACAGCAGCGUAUGA